GCCCCAGGACCAUGCGAGGGCCCGAGCCGGGUCCCGAGCCCACGAUGGAGGGAGACGUGCUGGAUACGCUCGAGGCGCUGGGGUACAAGGGACCACUGUUAGAAGAGCAGAUCCUUACCAAGGCAGCAGAAAGUGGACUGUCUUCGCCUGAAUUUACAGAGCUGUGUGUUUGGCUAGGUUCUCAAAUAAAGUCCUUAUGCAACUUGGAAGAAAGUAUCACUUCAGCUGGAAGAGAUGAUCUGGAAAGCUUCCAGCUUGAGAUAAGUGGUUUUUUAAAAGAAAUGGCCUGUCCAUAUUCUGUACUUGUAUCAGGAGAAAUUAAAGACCGUUUAAAAAGCAAGGAUGACUGUUUGAAACUUCUGUUAUUUUUAAGUACGGAACUUCAAGCUUUACAGAUAUUGCAGAACAAGAAACAUAAAAAAACUCAAUUAGAUGAAAAUAGUGAAAUCUGUCAGGAAGUUCAAGCUGUGUGUGAUGCCCUUGGUGUACCCAAGUCAGCCACUUCUGACAUUCCACUUAUGCUGAAGCAAGUGGAAUCAAAGGUAAAGGAUAUUCUUUCAAAAGUCCAGAAAAACCAUGUGGGUAAACCACUGCUGAAAACUGAUUUAAAUCCAGAACAAAUGGAACAAUUGGAAAAAAUCAAUGAUGCCCUUUCCUGUGAAUAUGAAUGCCGCCGGAGGAUGUUAAUGAAACGAUUAGAUGUGACAGUGCAGUCUUUCGGGUGGUCCGAUAGAGCAAAGGUAAAAACAGAUGACAUAGCAAGAAUUUACCAGCCCAAGCGUUACGCUCUGUCACCCAAGACGACAGUGACUUUGGCGCACCUCCUUGCUGCGCGUGAAGACCUGUCUAAGAUCAUUAGGACAAGCAGUGGCACCAGCCGUGAGAAGACCGCGUGUGCCAUUAAUAAGGUGCUGAUGGGAAGGGUACCUGACAGAGGAGGACGGCCGAAUGAAAUUGAACCACCACCACCUGAAAUGCCUCCUUGGCAAAAGAGACAAGACGGCGGGGGGAGGGGUGGUUGGGGUGGUGGUGGAGGUGGUGGGAGAGGAGGUGGUGGGGGUGGAAGAGGUAGCUGGGGAGGUGGAGGAGGCGGGGGAGGUGGAGGAGGCGGGGGAGGUUGGGGAGGGGGUAGAGGCGGGGGUGGAGGGUGGGGGGGAGGAGGGGGUGGGGGGGGAGGUGGGAGAGGAGGCUUCCAAGGCAGGGGAGAUUAUGGAGGAAGAGGGGGCUAUGGUGGAAGAGGGGGCUAUGGUGGAAGGGGUUAUGGAGAUCCAUAUGGAGGAGGAGGAGGGGGAGGUGGAGGAUACAGAAGAUACUAAAUUCAGAAAUCAGAUAGCAGGGCCCAGUUUUUUUAUUAGGCAUAGCAUUCUAAACAACUUGAAUAUCUGCUAAGUGAACAUCCUUUUAGACUCCGUAAGAUUAUCAUUCUUGAAUUUGGUUGAUAUGUAAAAACAUUGUUUUAUACUACACGUUCAUCUAAGUGGUCAUUUUUUCCAUAUCCUAUGUACCCUUGAGCAUGUUGUGUCUUUUUUUAAAAAAAAAGAAAAAAUUUUUUAAUUGUAAAAAAUGGAAAGUAUUUUAUUGUCAUGAUUGAACUUAGACUGUUACCUGCAUUUUGUUCAGGUUUGACACAUGAAAGACUCCAUCUGUAAUGAAAAGGAAUAUAGAUUCUUGCCUCAUCUGUAUUCCUGUGGAUGUGUUUUAUGACCACCAAUUCUAUUUUACAACAUAGGGACCGAGACUGAUAAUUGUGUUUGAUAAGUGGUAGUUGUGAUUUGUGUUUUCUUUGAUGGGAUGAGAUGAUUCUUGUCAGCUUUGCGUUCCAUUAACUGAAGCCCAAGUCUGCCUUUCCUCCUCUGUUCUUCUAAUUUAUUUGUUUGAUAGGCAGAGAGAGAUCGAUGAAGCUCUCAUUUGCUGGUUCACUUUCAAAUGCUUGCACAAGCCAGGAGUUGGGAAUAAGGCCAUUGUUUCCCUCUUGGUGUGACAGGGAUCUAAUUUUUUGGAGCCACUGCUCCUCCCAGCAGGAGAUUAGAGUCAGGGGCCAGGCUUGUGUCAGGCUGAGGUACUCUGAAGUACAGUAUGCAGACAUCCUAACCACAAGUCUAAAGACUUGCAGACCCCCAUCAACCCCUGAAAAUAUGCAUAUCUGAUUUUUCAGUCAGAUUUGGAACCUUGGUAAGUUUGUUUAAGUGCGUGGCUCAUUCUUGCAUGCGUAGUACCUGGUUCAAGUCCUGGUUGUGCUUUUAGUACAGGUUCCUGCUAAUGUACAUCCUAGAAGACAGCAGGCACUUGUUUCCUGCCACCCACCCACAUUGGAAACUCAGUGUUUUGUCUAUUCCAGCACAAGCUGCUGCAGGUAUUUGGAGAUGAACCAGCAGGCGGGAGGUCAGUUGCUCAGUUGAUUGGUCUCUCUCACUCUGGUCUCUUUCUGCCUCUCAAGUAAAAGUGAAAAAUUUAAAGGACAAGAACAUUUACCAGUUCUAUAUGAUGGUAUGAAAAAUAUUCCUAUAAGUUGGCCUCUUCAUUUGUGCCUUUGCACAUGUGAAUAUUACAGGGCCCACUAAGCUGCAUGACAUGGGAUUUAAGCAGUAGUUUCCUGGUGCGGCAGGCUAGGGAAAGGCUGCUGUGACUCACAGCUAGAUUUGGAGGAUGAGGAUUCCUGGUCUGGUGGUUGGAGCAAAGGCUUAGAUUUGUGAAAUGACACAAGAGCCCCCUGGCCUGGAUUGCUCAAUCUACCUGAGCUAACUUUCAAGGAUUGUCCUUCAGUUGACAAACAAGGUUCUUGCCCCUUUCUGUUUCCUAAAGUACACAUUCAACUUAUUGAAGAUGGAGGAGGACAUGUUGUGAGUGGUGUAAGAGGUGAGCCAAGUGCUGUAUUUUCUCUAAGUCUAGAGAGAGAAAAUGGUUUCUCAGUCCCACUAUAAAAUUUCUCAUUUUGUGCUGCUGGGAAGCACCUGUGUAUAAUAACUUUCUGUGAUUUAAACAACUUAGCAGAUAAAAAGGCUGAAUUGUAACAAGGGGACAAGCUGUGGCAGGGUUUGUUUUUUAGCAAAUUUUGAUGAAAUUGAAAAUAAUGUUAAAACUUUAAAGGUAAAUAUGUGUGCUGCUGUAAUCUUAAACAUGUAUUUUUCAAGCUAACUGUUUGAAGGAAUGUGUUUAGAAUAGAAAAACAUAAAAUUAUUUGGCUGUUUGUAAA